GAUGGCAUCUCGUCCCUCUCUUCUGCUGCGGUGCCUCUCCUCAUCUUUACAGUCGUGGUUAGCGUGGAGAUUUGGCAACUCCACACACAUUUUCCCCCGUGAGCAUUUUUUUAAGAUCAGAUUCCAGGAAGUAGCUUUGGAGAACUCCUCAAAAAUGGUAGAUGAAAUUUUCAGGGGAAAAAACUCUGGUCGGAGUUGCUGGUGCCCGCUCUAGAGGCCCUUGUCUAGAGGCCGCACUCCCCUGCGCCCAGCCUUGCGUCCUGAACAUGGCAGAGGAAGCCUUCCCACAGAAACAGGUGGUUCCCACUUUUAUUUCUUUCACUUCCAAGGCAAGAGCCUCUGAGUUUUUAUUCCUACACAAACCAUGAAGCCAUAUCUGUCUUUGUUGCGUUGGUUUUGAUUUCACUAAUUUCACAGUUGUCUUAUUUACUUCCGAUUUUGCUGGACAAAUUUGGUUCUCCUGCUUCUUAAGCUGUACGGGCAACAACUAUUUUUCAAUCUUUCUUUUUAUUUCAUUUUAAGCAUCUCAAAAACUUCCAGAGUGGUGCCUUCUUUAACUCAAAGGUCUUCAUUUCUGAGUUCAUUCUUCACUGCUUUACCGUUGGUAUCUACGUUAGCUGUACUAUAGUCAGGCUGUGUGACAAGUUCAGUGAUGACUUUCUUGCCAUCUUGAGAAUCUUCUGGCGACCUAGUCUAUGGUUGAGCUUGAGACACGCUUAUGCCUUCCACACACAUUCUGCUAACUUUUAAACCAUGCUGAGCAAAUCUUCAAGGCAUGUCAUUUUUUUCUCUAGGGUAUUAUUCAUAUACACACAACUAUCCAUUAUGAUUGUGGACUUGUUAGUCUUUCCUUUAAACCACAUCAAAUUUUGAUAGCUUAGGUACAUUUCAGAAUUAUUCAUAUAUCCUUUGUGGACUGUUCUCUUUGUUUUGUUUGUGUCUGGGUCUCUCUAUGUUGGUUAUCCUGGAACUUACUCUGUAGACCAGGCUGGCCUUGAACUCAGAGAUCCACCUGCCUCUGCUCCCAAGUGCUGGGAUUAAAGGUGUGCGCCACCACUGCACAAAACCUAUUCUUAACUUUGGCAGUAAUAUCAUUUUAGCUAUUGGUAUCAAAGCUGCCUUGAGUCCCUUUUCCUGAAGUUCUAUUGCAGUCCACCCGUCCGUAGUGGAUCUGGCUGGUGUGGAUUCCCCUACAGCUUUAUUCUGCACCUUUCUACAUUACUCUGAAUUACAUCGUCUUUGAAAGCUCCAAACUGGUAGUGUUCCCUUUAACAGACAAGUUCAAUCCACUGAGACUGGUUAGAACUUUUCCACUCCUGCAUCUUCUGCUUUCCAUCCCCAUCCUCUCCUCCCACCUCACCGUUUCUUACGCUGCUUGGCUGUGCUUUAGGCUUUAUUUGUAGCCUGUGAGGGCUCAUCUGUCAGCACCACACACCACUGCAGAGCUCGGGGCCAGUGGCCAUCCCUCUUCUCAGGCUGUCAGAGAAGGGAACAGAGACCUCGUCCACCAAGCAGCGUAGGCAAAGGAGUAGAUCUGGAGCCAGUGAUUCCAAUCAGUCCUGACAGACAACUUCCCCUUGAACACACAGCAGCAGCGGAAGAGACAUCCCAAAGGCUCCCUUAAUACUGGCAUUUAUAAUACAUACAUAUAUAUUGAAAUUUAUAAAGACAAUCUACAAAGAAGUGAUUAUUCUCUUUAAAAUAUGAUCACAGAAUUUAUUGCUCAGUGUUCCUACUUUCAUUGAUGUCCACUCUUUUAUGUGGAAUUUUGCUGUCAGAAUUCUUAGAUUUCCAGUUCAGGACUUGAAAUUUGUCUUAGCAUUAUUUAUGACCAAGAAAAAAAAUUUAAACAACCCAAAUGUGCAGUGAGGAAGUAGCUACUUAAAUUAUGCAUUACCACACUGGAGUACUGAAGAAUAUUGAUCCAACACUUUGGAAAACUGUGGAAUAUCCAUCAGACGCCUCACAGAACCCAGAUGUUAAAAAACAGUGACCCUGACCCCUGCUGGAUACAGAAAUGGCUAACAAUUUCACUACAGCGCUGGCAGCUUCUCAGGGCAAUAACUGUGACCUCUAUGCACACCACGGCACAGCCAGGAUACUGAUGCCUCUGCAUUACAGCCUUGUCUUCAUCAUCGGGCUGGUGGGAAACCUGCUGGCCUUGGUUGUCAUUGUUCAAAACAGGAAAAAAAUCAACUCAACCACUCUCUAUUCAAUGAACUUGGUGAUUUCUGACAUCCUGUUUACCACAGCCUUGCCCACUCGGAUAGCCUACUAUGCCCUAGGCUUUGACUGGAGGGUCGGUGAUGCCCUGUGCCGGAUAAAUGCCCUGGUGUUCUACAUCAACACCUACGCAGGUGUGAACUUCAUGACCUGCCUGAGCAUAGACCGCUUCUUCGCCGUGGUGCACCCUCUGCGCUACAACAAGAUUAAAAGGAUCGAAUACGCGAAGGGUGUUUGCAUCUCUGUCUGGAUUCUAGUAUUUGCUCAAACCCUGCCUCUGCUCAUCAGACCUAUGUCCAAGAAGGAGACCGGCAGGACAACUUGUAUGGAAUACCCAAACUUCGAAGAGACGGCUUCCCUCCCCUGGAUCCUGCUCGGGGCGUGCCUGCUCGGCUAUGUGCUGCCCCUCGUAAUCAUUCUCAUCUGCUACUCCCAAAUCUGCUGCAAACUCUUCAAGACUGCCAAGCAGAACCCACUAACUGAGAAAUCGGGUGUCAACAAGAAAGCUCUCAAUACAAUCAUCUUCAUCAUCGUGGUGUUCGUUCUCUGUUUCACGCCUUACCACAUAUCAAUCAUCCAGCACAUGAUUAAGAAACUCUGCUCCCCUGCCCUCGAAUGUGGCCAGAGAUAUUCCUUCCAGCUCUCCCUGCACUUCACAGUGUGCCUGAUGAACUUCAACUGCUGCAUGGACCCCUUCAUCUACUUCUUUGCAUGCAAAGGCUACAAGAGGAAGGUCAUGAAGAUGCUGAAGCGGCAAGUCAGUGUAUCCCUCUCCAGUGCUGUGCGGUCAGCCCCUGAGGAAAAUUCACGGGAAAUGACGGAGUCCCAGAUGAUGAUCCACUCCAAGGUCUCCAACGGGAGGUGAAAGGACACACUGGACUUCACAGCAGAGCGAGCUCAGUCCCACUGCGGCUCCGCCAACCCAUGAUGCACUGAGAUCCAGUCCAUCUCGAGGGAUCAACAAAGCAAGUUCUACUCCGUAGCUGAAAUAUUGUAUGUAUAAGGGAAGGCUGCCUCAGUUGGUCUUGCUGUAAAAGACCUAUUCUGUGUUCCUCAGAACACAAUCGCUACCUUCUCUGCAAACGAUAAGACGGAUUCCACUGUACGUUAUCAGUGUAAAAAUGUUAAUACUGUAAUAUAGCAAACAUAUUUCUUAAUUUACACCUCUUUGAAUUUUAGACUUUAUCAUUUGCUUGUUUGUUUUGUUCUGAGACAGAGGUUUUAAGGAAAAGUUUGUGGGAUAAAGAACAGGAGGUAACAAAAGUAUCAGUAUGGCGGUGCCAGCGACCAGUGGCGGUUCCAAGUAUAGCAAACAAAGGAUUAAUGUAGACAGAAAAGUGCUGGUGAGCAUCAGUGGCUGGGCAUGGAGCUCCUCCCAGGCAGCCAGGACAGCACUCUGGAAGAAGGACAGGGCUCUCCAGGGAGGCACUCAGUGGAAGCAUGACUACAUGCUACACUCCUCUGAGGACAGAAAAUACACGGAUGCUUUGUUUUCCUUGGCUUUCCAAAGAUCUUUUUUUUUUUUUUUGGAAAUUGGUAGCAUCUGGCAUAUAUAUAUAUAU